UUGUUAUAUAUAAAAAGAUAAGUGCAAACAUUUAAAAACCCCUUUCAUUCAAAUGACUUGCAGUUGGAAAACAUUCUAAAUAGUUUACCAAUUAUUUCAAUUAAUUUAAUUAUAUUAAUUAAAUUUAGUAUUCAAGAAAGUUGGAAUCAAACUUUUUUAAGCUCACAAAAAUGUGCACAGAUUUCGAUUCUUGCUCCGAAAAUUCACACAGAUUUUAGUAGCACUUAAUGAUAAGUAAAAAAAAUAAUUCCAUUUAUAAACUUUUUAAAAUAAAUAUAACAUAUAAUUAUAAAUAAUAAUAAAAACAACGAACACAAAAUGCCGUCGCCGAGCAAGAAGCAAGCACAGCCGCAUUUGUCUUUAAUGACCAGCAGCAAUGAUGAUGAUUAUAUGAAAUUAGCCGAUGCUGGUAUCAGCAAUGAUGCUUUCCAAGCGCCGCCACAAACACCACAAACAGCAACAACAAAUAUCUGCGAUAGCAUGGAAUUCAUUUCGGCCACACCAAUUCAAAAUCCAAAUCCAAAUUCAGUCAACACUAAACAACACACCAAUCACACUGAUGAAUUAGUUUUAAGAAAUAAUAGCAAAAAUAAUAGCAACAACACCAAUAAGAAUGACAACACACCAUACUACACCAGUAACAAUGGCGUACCACAUGGACACUAUCGAUAUACAUUGCCAUUGUCACUGACAGCGCCAUUGCCACAACCCUUGCCACCACCAAUAGCACAACAAAAAGAGCAACAAUUACAAAAAGUUUCGCAACAGGAUGAUAAAUAUAGAUUAUAUACAAUUUAUGGAAAUGAUACCGACAAUGACAAGUUGUCCGGUCUCCCACAAUCGACGACUGGUUCACUAAGCUCAAUCAUCACGACGUCCAUAGCAUCCUCAGAACCAGAUCCUGGCACGGGUGGUGGUGGUCGUGGUAGCGGAGGCGGGGGUGGUGGAGGUGGCAACAGUAGCAUUGGCGCUUUAGAUGCGAGCAGUAUUGCCGGUGUGCCUGGCAGCAGUGAUGAGAAGUUGGCCUUAAAUCGACCAGGUAUUAAGCAGGAGAAAUGGUCUUCAAUAUUAUUGCAAGUGUCGAUACCGUUCUUUUUGGCUGGUGUGGGCACAAUCGGUGCGGGUAUUGUGCUCGGCCGUGUAGAGAAAUGGCGUGUUUUCAAAGAGAUCACCGAACUAUUCAUACUCGUGCCGUCACUGCUUGGCCUGAAGGGCAAUCUCGAUAUGUGCCUCGCAUCACGUCUCUCCACACAGGUCAAUUUGGGCAAUAUGACGUCACGUAAAGAAGUCAUUCGUAUGAUUGUCGGCAAUAUAGCAUUGGUUCAAGUGCAGGCGACGGUGGCGUCCUUUUUGGUUGCAAUGUUUGCCAUUGUUGUUGGUUUGGCGAUGGAUGGCACAUUCUUUUUUGAACAUGUUAUGCUGCUGAUAGCGUCCGCUAUGUUUACGGCGACCUCAUCGUGCUUUGUUUUAGAUUUUGUGUUAGUGGCUGUGAUAUUAUUGUCUGAAAAAUUCAAUUUAAAUCCUGAUAACUUAGCAACACCGUUAGCGGCAUCUAUCGGUGAUGUCGUUUCAAUAAGCUUGCUCUCCUUCAUCGCUUCAUUACUUUUCGAUCACAUAAAAACUCAUUUAUGGAUCACAUUUGUUAUAGUCGCUUGUUAUUUAGUGCUUUUACCCAUGUGGGUUGCUAUUGUGCUCAAAAAUAAAUAUACUCGUCCGGUAUUGAAGAGUGGCUGGGUUCCGGUACUCUCUGCGUUGUGUAUAAGUGGCCUCGGCGGUCUUGUGCUCGAUGCAUCUGUUGAAAUAUUCAGCGGAUUCGUCGUGUUUCAACCAAUUAUCAACGGCAUUGGCGGUAAUUUGGUGUCGGUGCAAGCGAGUAAAAUUUCAACAAUGCUUCACCAGAGCUCUAUUAUUGGCAUUAUACCACCACAUACGAAGAUUUUCGAAUGGCCAUGGAAAGCGCUGUUCAAAGGAGUUCCAUAUGCUAAAACGGCGCGCAUACUCCUUGGCAUGUCAAUUCCCGGUAAUAUUGUGUUCGUUUUUGCUGCCGAUUACAUACAUAUGUCCACGUCCACGGUUACUAUUGCUUUCGUUUUAUCUUAUCUGACGGCGAGUUUAAUUCAGGUUAUGUUACUGUUGUAUAUUGCUCACGUUAUUGUGCAUGCGAUGUGGAAAUGGAAAAUUGAUCCCGACAACUCAUCGAUUCCGUAUCUAACUGCGCUGGGCGAUUUGCUGGGUUCAAGUUUAUUAGCGCUGGCCUUCCUCUUCCUUCUUUCGAUUAAUCAAGAAUACGGCACUGAACUGAACGAACUCAAUGCCUCGAACUGAGAGCGAAAAAACGUGAGCCCCAAAUAAAUUACAUAUAUUGUAUAUGAUAAAAAAGAGUAGAGGGGUGUGAGACUACAACGUUUAAAGUAAAACAAAUAAAUACAACAAUUAAAUGAAAGGCUUUAAAGUGAUUAACGAAAAUUUAUUAAAAAGAAGAAAAAGUUCCCGAUUUUCCCAAGCCGAAGCGUGGUAAAGCAGCAA